GAUGAAUUGAUGGAGAAGACGGUCCCCGCGAGCAUCCGUUUGAAAAGGCCCUUGAAAAUGGAAGACCCCGUUUGCGAAAAUGAAAUCCUUGCAACUCUGCGUGCAAUUUCCAGCAGAAACCAGGUCUGGAGGUCGUAUAUUGGCAUGGGCUACUAUAACUGCUCAGUGCCACAGACUAUUUUGCGGAACUUACUGGAGAACUCAGGAUGGAUCACCCAGUAUACUCCGUACCAGCCAGAGGUGUCUCAGGGGAGACUGGAGAGUUUACUGAAUUACCAGACCAUGGUGUGUGACAUCACAGGCAUGGACAUGGCCAACGCAUCCCUGCUGGAUGAGGCGACCGCAGCUGCAGAGGCGAUGCAGCUAUGCCACAGACACACCAAGAGGAGGAAGUUUUUUGUUGACCCUCGUUGCCACCCACAGACAAUAGCUGUCAUCCAGACGCGAGCCAAAUAUGCUGGAGUUCUCAUUGAGUUGAAGUUAUUCCACGAAAUGGACUUCAGUGGGAAAGAUGUCAGUGGAGUGCUGUUCCAGUACCCAGACACUGAGGGGAAGGUGGAAGACUUUACUGAACUCGUGGAGAGAGCCCAUCAGACUGGGAGCUUGGCUUGCUGUGCUACUGACCUUUUAGCUCUGUGUAUCUUGAGGCCUCCUGGAGAAUUUGGGGUAGACAUCGCCCUUGGCAGCUCACAGAGAUUUGGGGUGCCACUCGGCUAUGGUGGACCGCAUGCAGCCUUUUUUGCCGUCAGAGAAAGCUUGGUGAGGAUGAUGCCUGGAAGAAUGGUGGGAGUUACAAGAGAUGCCACCGGGAAAGAAGUGUAUCGUCUUGCUCUUCAAACCAGGGAGCAACACAUCCGGAGAGACAAGGCUACCAGCAACAUCUGUACUGCUCAGGCUCUCUUGGCGAAUAUGGCUGCCAUGUUUGCAAUCUACCACGGUUCCCGAGGGCUGGAGCAUAUUGCUAGGAGGGUACACAAUGCCACUUUGAUUUUGUCUGAAGGUCUCAAGCGAGCGGGGCAUCAACUCCAGCACGACCUGUUCUUUGACACUUUGAAGAUUCAGUGUGGCUGCUCAGUGAAGGAGGUUUUGAGCAGAGCUGCUCAGAGGCAAAUCAAUUUUCGGCUUUUUGAGGAUGGCACACUUGGUAUUUCUCUUGAUGAAACAGUCAGUGAAAAAGAUCUGGAUGACUUGUUGUGGAUCUUUGGCUGUGAGUCAUCAGCAGAGCUGGUUGCUGAAAGCAUGGGCGAGGAACUGAGAGGUAUUCUAGCCACUGCCUUCAAGAGAACCAGCCCGUUCCUUACAAAUCAAGUGUUCAACAGCUAUCACUCGGAAACAAAUAUUGUUCGAUAUAUGAAGAAAUUAGAAAACAAAGACAUUUCCCUCGUUCACAGCAUGAUUCCACUGGGAUCCUGUACCAUGAAGCUCAACAGUUCAUCUGAACUUGCACCAAUCACAUGGAGUGAAUUUGCAAACAUCCACCCCUUUGUGCCUUUGGACCAAGCUCAAGGGUACCAGCAGCUUUUCCGAGAGCUUGAGAAGGAUUUGUGUGAGAUCACAGGCUACGACCGAAUCUGUUUACAGCCUAACAGUGGAGCCCAGGGGGAAUAUGCUGGGCUGGCCACUAUCCGAGCUUACUUAGAAGAGAAAGGAGAGAGACACAGAACGGUUUGCCUCAUUCCGAAAUCAGCUCAUGGGACCAAUCCCGCAAGUGCCCACAUGGCAGGCAUGAAGAUUCAGCCUGUGGAGGUGGAUAAAUAUGGAAAUAUCGACACAGCUCACCUCAAGGCCAUGGUGGAUAAACACAAGGAGAACCUGGCAGCCAUCAUGAUUACAUACCCAUCCACCAAUGGGGUGUUUGAAGAGAACAUCAGCGACGUGUGUGACCUGAUUCACCAACACGGAGGCCAGGUCUACCUAGACGGGGCAAAUAUGAAUGCUCAGGUGGGAAUCUGUCGUCCUGGAGACUUUGGGUCUGAUGUCUCGCACCUAAACCUUCACAAGACCUUCUGCGUUCCCCACGGAGGAGGCGGCCCUGGCAUGGGGCCCAUCGGAGUGAAGAAGCAUCUUGCCCCUUUCCUACCCAGUCAUCCUGUCAUUUCGUUAACGUCUGAUGAGGAUGCCCGGCCCGUGGGGACCGUCAGCGCAGCCCCGUGGGGCUCCAGUUCCAUCCUGCCCAUUUCAUGGGCUUACAUUAAGAUGAUGGGAGGCAAGGGCCUUAAACAAGCCACGGAAGUUGCUAUAUUGAAUGCCAACUACAUGGCCAAGAGAUUAGAAAAACACUACAGAGUCCUUUUCCGGGGUGCAAGAGGUUAUGUGGCUCAUGAAUUUAUUUUGGAUACAAGACCCUUCAAAAAGUCUGCAAAUAUUGAGGCUGUGGAUGUGGCCAAGAGGCUUCAGGAUUAUGGAUUUCAUGCCCCUACCAUGUCCUGGCCAGUGGCAGGGACUCUCAUGAUUGAGCCCACUGAGUCGGAAGACAAGGCAGAGCUGGAUAGGUUCUGUGAUGCCAUGAUAAGCAUUCGGCAGGAAAUCGCCGACAUUGAGGAGGGCCGCAUCGACCCCCAGGUCAAUCCACUGAAGAUGUCUCCACACUCCCUGACCUGCGUCACAUCCUCGCACUGGGAUCGGCCGUAUUCCAGAGAGGUGGCAGCCUUCCCACUCCCCUUUGUGAAACCAGAGAACAAAUUCUGGCCAACCAUUGCCCGGAUCGAUGACAUCUAUGGCGACCAGCACCUGGUCUGUACCUGCCCACCCAUGGAAGUUUAUGAGUCUCCAUUUUCUGAACAGAAGAGGGCCUCUUCUUAGUCUCCCCCUGAGUCCAAGUGACUGAUUUGAUGCCUCUCUCUGGAGCAUGGAGCAUUUGAUAAGCAAGAAAUAUUUCAUCACCUACCCCAGACUCAAGCAGGGGUUUUAUAUACUGUGUAUAUUUUUGUAAUCUCUGUCAAGGUAAAUGUAAAUACAGUUAGUGUGGUGAGUGGGAGCUCACUGUUGGAAGACUGAUUUGCUUCCAUGCCUCUGCCUCCACAUGUAGCAGUUGAUGUUCAAUUUGCCUUGAUUGGUGGCCAUUUUUAGUUUUUUGCAUAGAAAAUUUGGGGUGUGCUCGGAACUUUAACUUUCAAUGGAGCAAGUUCACAGACAUUGUAGAGGCUAUACUGAUAGACAUAUUUUUGUUCCAAAUAAGUCCUUAUGGACUGUGCCAACUGUGGGAAAUCCCAGGGCAAAUGUUUACAUUUUGUAUACACUGCAGAAAUCUUCCUUCCAACUAAUUUGCCUAAUCAAUAAUAGCAUUUGUUUUCACUUUUUUUUAUCUGCAAUUAUUAGUGUUCUAAUAAAAGCGUUUCAAUUUGAAGAAUGCCUUCUUGAUCCAGUUUUCAUUCUUAUGUCCAUGUCCAGGUUCAGAGGGAUUUGAAGGGUAAGGAGAAUACCUAACCCACUAACCACUGUUCCGUCACCAGCUUUGUCUCUGGCUGGCUAAAGAAACAGUGUGUAUGCCUUGGUUAGCACUUUGGCCCUUUUUGUAAGAAUUGUGUUAGGUUGCGUGUAACUGAAACCCAACUACAGAAGUUUAAUCAAAUAGUUUGUUUUUUCUUGUUUAACAGUAAGUUCAGGGGUAAUAAGCCAAGGGCUAGUGCUCCUUCGGUCUUUCUGUUCUGCCUUAUUUGGUGUAUAGUCUUCCUCCUCAUAGUCCUGGAUGGCUGCUGCAUAUCCAGGCAUCACUGCCAUUCCAGAUAGGAAAAGGGGGAGAAAAGGAGAGACAAAAGGCAGAUGCCAUCCAACUUGGCUUCUUCUGAAAUGCUUUCCAAGAGGUUUCACCCAGUAACUUCUGCUGACUUUUAACUGGCCAGAACUGGUUCAAAUUGCCACUCCUAGCUGCAAGGGGUAUGGGGAAGACUUUUAGCUGGGCAUGUUACUGCCCCAAAGAAAACCAGGAGUUUGUUAACUGAAGAAAAGGGGAAGAAUGGGUUUCGGGUAGGCAAGUAGCAUGCCUGCCACAAAUAAGUUU